AUGGCUCUGCUCGACGGCGGCACGAGCUCGUCGUCGCUGGUCCAAGUGGGCCCGACACCGAAUGGACAACCGCCUCGGCGCGCGAUUGCGCUCAGGCUGUCCGAGGAGACGCUCGCGCAACUCAUGGCCCUCGCGAGCCGAGGAAGCCAACCCAACAAGGGGACCCUGCAGAUCGACCUGGGCUCCAAUCCGGUCAGUUUCAUUACAGCUGCUGCGACCGGUCUCUCCUGGGCGGACGGGAAAGGGCUUGCCGAUGCGAGAUGUGCUUGCUCCAUCCGUUCCGUUCACGUCGCCUUCUCUCGCGCCGUGA